UAAUCCCAAAUCAAUUUACAUCGAUCCCAAACGUCGUUCCUCGCCAAUUUUAUAAUAGCGUAAGUCGCAUUUUUUCCGCCAGAAUUGCGACUUAUUUCAUAACGAAAACGGUGCAGAAUCAUUAAAAGCUCACCGAAAAUGCAAGCGUAGAGUGGUUGAUUACGCGUGAGCACGCUUUCGAUCGGUCGGUGCUUUUACCUGAAAAUUCGUGGAGAAUCUUGCGUUUGUGCUGCGACAGGCAGUAGAUAUCAAACAGUACAACUGAUCAGCAAAGUGCGACGGCACAAAACGAUGCUCUAUCUUGAGGAUUAUGUGGAAAUGAUUGAGCAUCUUCCACAAGAGCUAAGGGACCGAUUCACCGAAAUGAGAGAAAUGGAUCUAGGUGUACAGAACUCAAUGGAUAGUUUAGAGAAGAAAGUAAAAACUUUUUUCUCUAAUGCUAAGAAGAUGAAACUCAGUGAAAAGGAAGCUGAAUACGAAGCCAUAAGAAGAGAAUAUUAUAAGACUCUAGAGGAUGCCGAUGAGAAGGUGCACUUAGCCAAUCAGAUGUACGACUUGGUAGACAGGUAUUUGAGGAGGUUGGAUCAGGAAUUGCACAAAUUCAAGAUGGAGUUAGAAGCCGACAAUAAGGGCAUCACUGAGAUCUUGGAGAAGAGGUCUCUGGAGUUAGAUCAACCACCCACGAAUAGUAGUCAAAAAGAGAAUCGUUACAGUUUCACAUCAAGUAGAACACGGGAUAAUCAUAGUCAUUCACGAUCAGAGAAGAGAAGAGACUCCAAUGCGUCUUCCACGUCGGUCGAGAAAAGGAUGGCGAUUGAGAAACUUCCGACAACGAGUUUGCCAGAGUCACGACCGGCGUCAACAAAUUCCGGACCGAUUAUAACAACAAGCAAUGUGCCGCCGGCAGCACCGGCUAUCGCUAAUUCUGUGGGAACAGUAUGUUAUAACUUAGGUCAUAUUGGUGCUGGUGGUAACGCUAUAGCUGCGGCAGCGUCACAAGCAAUCGCCGCGACGCAAUCCAUGCAACAAGGCAGACGAUCAGCAAGCUUAAAGGCUAGCUAUGAGGCCAUUAACACUGGCGGUGUGCACGCUGCCGAGUUCAGCAGAGAACUGGCUGGCGCAGCGCAGACUGCCAUCGCGGCCAUUCAAGAGACCACGAAAAAACAUAAAAAAAAGGUCACAGCCACGGUGCCGAGUUCAAGUGUGAUUGCUACCGCUGUACAACAACCCGUGUCGCCACCGGUUGUAACCACGACCACGCAAGUAGUAGAUCCAGACAAUCCAGACUGGACUUAUGAUCCGAACGAACCACGAUAUUGUAUAUGCAAUCAGGUUUCCUACGGUGAUAUGGUUGCAUGCGACAAUUCAGAUUGCCCAUUCGAGUGGUUUCACUAUCCAUGUGUGGGUAUCUCAGCACCACCCAAAGGCAAGUGGUACUGCCCUCAAUGCACAUCUUCCAUGAAGAGACGUGGUGGACGAAAGAAUUGAUUGAGAAGGCAGUUGAGGAACGUUGACCAUGAGAGAGCGAUGUUACUACCUCUUAGACACUGUCCGUCGUCGAGUAUCGACUUAGUUAGGGAACCGUUAGCACUGAUUUUGUAUGACUGUUUUGAUGUAAUUCGAGUUCGCGUCAUCGUUAUCGUCGUCGUCGUCGUCAUUGCCGCCGCCACCACCGUUAUCUUAACUGUCUCUUCUCUUUGUGAUCGCGAAUGUAUGUUACGUUGACAAUAUUGUACUUCUCAUGGAGAGAAAGAGAGAGAGGGAGAGAGGGAGAACAAAUGGCACGUUUAGCAAUGAUGAUGGAUUACUGCGACUAUUUAAUUUUGUAAACAGUCUAAUAUAUUUCGCGUAUAUCGCGUCAAUGAUAUUCUGAGUGUUACGCGCUUUCGAGAGGAAACGAGGGGAAUACAAGGUGAUUCGAAAAACAUGAGAACUGUUGAGUAAUGUAUUCUUCGACGCGUUUGAAAUCGAUCGUUACCCGUCGAAAAAUCUAAGACACUCAGUGUCUAGUUAUUUAAUGUCAGAUAAUCUCUGACAAUUAAAUGUACAUAAAUAACGAAACUCCAAACAUUUUUCUCUUUUUUUUUUAAUUAAUUUUUAGAUAUGUGUAUAUUUUAGUUUAGUAGAAACCUAAUUUUUCAAGCAUAAUUGUCGGAAUAUUUAGUGCAAAUUAAAAAUCUACUUUUGUUGAUCAGGAAAACAAUCUCUUCGAGGUCGUCUACGAAUAGCGAUUUCCCUUUCGACACCGCCCUGUAUAAAUGAUUAAUUUCGAAAGCAAAAAUGUAGCGAAUUGGUGUAUAAAUAAUAAAGUGAAAACGCAGAGGCGAAUGUUGCUGCCAAAAUGAA